AGCCAUGCGACUGUAGCUUGCAAACUCCAUCGGCCUGAAGGCCUCUUGCACAGGAAAUGGGCCGAACGGCCUGCUGCCUAGCCCGCGUGGCGCUGAGGUGAUGCUCGGGCCCCGCUUGCCUCCAGAAGACGAGUUCCCCGAGGCGGAUUGCGCUGCUUGCGCCCGCGACGCUGCCGAGUACCUGCCCAGCGAGGAGGUGGAUUGUGCCGCCUGCGCGCGCGACGCUGCCGACUACCUGCCCAGCCCCACAGAGGAGGUGGAUUGUGCCGCCUGCGCGCGCGACGCUGCCGACUACCUGCCCAGCCCCACAGAGGAGGCCGAAAGCUAUGCCGCAGAUGGCUUCGGCGACGCAGCGUGGCCCAACGCAAGCGACGACGCAGCGGACGCAUAUGAGGAGGAUGCAGCUGCCACGGGACGCUCCACUCGGUCAGUUCCAGCAGAAAGUAGCAGGAGCAGAGCGAGUCCACAGCAGGAUUGGUCCACCGCCUCUCCGGCUACUUGCAGAAUUGCGUCAAUCAGAAGGCUCAGCCUCUUCGAGGUGCUCCGCCUCAUGAGGUGGCCUGGCGGCGCACAUGGGCAAAGUGAAGUGCUGCUGGUGCUCACCAGGCGGCCCCAUGCGGAACCACUGGGAGCGCUGCGAGGGACGUCGUGCCGGUGGUGCAAAGAAAAGGAAAAAGGAAAAAUGCCGGUGGUGCACGCGCUGGGGCCCCACGACGUGCCGCAGGAGCCGACCUGCCGCCGAAGACGCGCCGCAACUCGGGCGCUGCACCGCCAGGGGCAGCACCCGCGGCGGCGCAGCUCCAGGAACUCGAGAGCCUUUUGGCACGCAUUACCACGCCCAGAGACCAAGCUCGCCAAAGUGGAGCGAGCGAACGAGCUUCUGAAAAAGAAGGUGGGUGAGAUGGAAUCUCUCCGCACCCGUCUCGCCAAGAUGUCCGAGCCGGGGGGCAGUGAGGAUUGCAGCUUGAUUCCGGAGCCGUGCGACGGACAGCUCAACGAGCUCAAGGAGCUCCACGAGCUCCAGCGCGUCUCUGAGUCCCGGCUCCGAGGAGACUCCCAGUCCAGUGUGACACCCACGGCCGAAUUGGUGCUGCUUCAACAAGGGCAUCGGCUGCAAGUCGGCCACAAAAGAGCGCUUCGCAUCCCGUGGGGAGGAUUGGAGCGAGGCUACGGAGAGGGAGGAGGAUGGCUUCUUCUACCUGAUCAUCUUCUGCCUCAUCCUGGGGCUGAUGAUCUCCUACUGCCGAGCAAAGGGCAUCUGUGGCUUCAAUAACGACUCGCGGUCCUACAGCUAUGGACGGGGCCAGGCGACCAGCUACGGGCGGGGCAUCUAUGCAACGCUGGGCGCAAGGUAUCAGCCGCCCUCCUUGCCUUGAGAGCGAUGCCGGCAUUGGACUCCGCUG